AUGUUCAGUGGCUCCUCGAGCCCACCCAAAGACAGAAUCGACUCUUCUCCCCCCGUUGCCGGAAUCGACACGAGUUCCUUGAGCCUUCAGCCCGAAAACGCUAGUCCUCGCGACAAGAGGUUUUCCCCGCCCGGCGCUGGAUUCUUUCGUCGUCAGAGUGAAGACCAAAGCCCUGCCAGCGAUAAGAAACGCAGGAGUAGCACCGUUACGAAAGCGGCGACCUUCUUCAGUAACGCCAAGAAUUCCCUUAGUUUGAACGGUGGUCGGGAAUCUUCUUCGUUCAGCACCAGCCCGUCGAUCUCGGAGAGUCCGCUCGAGAAACUGGGGAAGAUGGAUCCGGCCCUCAGCGUCCCUCAAGGGUCGUUCAACAACUCUGCCGGUGAAUCCGCACCUACGGCGCGCUCGUCUUUCCGCGUCGGUGUCACAGAAGACAAGAACCGAAAAUGUCGCCGCACAAUGGAGGAUACACAUUCCUACUUGUACAACUUUUUAGGUACUCCGGCCCCGAAUGCACCGCCGGAUAUAAACGGCAACGAACCCCCUGGCGCCGCGAGUGAGGGCUCCGAGGAUUCGAAAAAUGUGGUGGAAACAGACAACGGAUACUUUGCGAUUUUCGAUGGGCAUGCUGGCACAUUUGCAGCCGAGUGGUGCGGGAAGAAGCUGCAUUUGAUUCUUGAAGAGAUCAUGCGGAGAAGCCCCAACACGCCCGUGCCCGAGCUUCUUGACCAGACAUUUACCAGCGUCGACCAGCAGUUGGAGAAGUUGCCUCUCAAGAACAGCGGGUGUACAGCCGUGACUGCCGUGCUUCGUUGGGAAGACCGUAUCCCCAGCUCAAGUUCAGCCACUGGAUCCGCUGCUUUGGCCCCUGCAGCUGCGGCUGCGACCAAUUCCGAGACCACUGAGACACCGACCCAAGGAGCUCCAUCCGGUGGAUCCCUCCCCCAGUUGCAAGAAAAGGCCGCUCGUCAACGUGUCCUGUACACGGCAAAUGUUGGUGAUGCUCGCAUCGUCUUGUGUCGUAACGGGAAAGCUCUUCGUCUAUCGUACGACCACAAGGGCAGUGACGAGAAUGAAGGGAAGAGAAUUUCCAACGCUGGAGGUCUCAUCCUCAACAACCGUGUUAACGGAGUGCUAGCUGUCACCCGAGCUUUGGGUGAUGCCUAUCUCAAGGACCUGGUGACCGGGCAUCCUUAUACAACCGAGACGGUUAUCCAGCCUGAUGCAGAUGAAUUUAUUAUUCUGGCUUGCGAUGGGUUAUGGGAUGUCUGCAGUGACCAAGAGGCCGUCGAUCUUAUACGCAAUGUGCAAGACGCUCAGAACGCCUCCAAGAUCCUCGUGGAUCAUGCUCUCGCGCGGUUCAGCACCGAUAACCUUUCAUGUAUGGUCAUCCGCCUCGAUUCAAACCGGGUCAAGGACGUCGUCACCAGCAGGGCUGAGCCAAUUGGUGUCGAUGGUGAUCCCGUCAAUGUUCCCCACGGCGUCAGUGAAGCCGACAAGAUUGUGGAGGGCGCCAGGAAAAGCAUAGCCAGCGCAGGGAUAGCCGACGACCCAGAGUCAGCCGAACAAGCCAAUGAAGCAAUCCUCGAAAAGAUGGCGAACAGCGAUCAAGAAGCGGGGCCGGAGAUAGCUAUCGACGACCCUAGCCAUUUGCCCUCGGUGGACAUCCUGAACCCGCCAGAAGGCCGGGAGACUCGCUGA